AUGGCUCUGGAUCGUCUAAAGCAGGCAGCGAGCCACGUGACGGGCAUUGGCCGUGCUCCACAUCCGCUUAAUCCUUUGAUCGAGACGGAAAUUGAGUAUGCCGUUGCCAUUAUCAAGAGAGAGCACAGCCAUAUUGCCUUCAAUGCAAUUACCCUGUAUGAGCCACCCAAGGCGGUCAUGCUGAAGUGGGUCAAAGACCCGGAGCACACUCCUCGCCCGAACAGAGUUGCGGACGUUGUUUGCAUCGGGAAGGGCAGCAAGGUGUUUGAUGGUCUCGUAGACCUGACAGAUGGCAAGAUACUCAAAUGGGAAGAGACGCCGGGUGUUCAGCCUUUGAUUACUAUGGAGGAUCUUCAGAUGGUUGAGUCGGUUAUCCGGAAGGAUCCAAAAGUCAUUGAGCAAUGUGGUAUCAUUGGUAUCCCACCAGAGGACAUGCAUAAGGUUUAUUGCGACCCUUGGACUAUCGGCUAUGACGAACGAUUCGGUUCGAACAUCCGACUUCAACAAGCUUUGAUGUACUAUCGUCCACACUCAGACGACAGUCAAUACACCUAUCCGUUGGAUUUCACACCAAUUUAUAAUGCCGACACGCAGGAGAUUAUACAUAUAGACGUUCCACCUAUUCGCCGGCCAUUGAAUAAGGCCCCACCAAACAACUACCAUGCUGCGGCAAUUGAGAAAGAAGGUGGCUUCCGUACAGACUUGAAGCCGAUCAACAUCACACAGCCUGAGGGCGUCUCAUUUUCACUCGAUGGCAGAGUUAUUAGCUGGCAGAACUGGAAACUACAUGUAGGCUUCAAUUACCGCGAAGGCCUUGUUCUCUCAAAUAUCACGUUCAAUGACCAGGGUACUGAACGCGAUACUUUCUGGAGAUUAUCUCUCGCUGAAAUGGUGGUUCCGUACGGAAAUCCAGAGCAUCCUCAUCAACGAAAACACGCCUUCGACUUGGGAGAAUAUGGUGGGGGAUAUAUGACAAAUUCUCUCAGCCUUGGCUGCGACUGUAAGGGAGCCAUCCAUUAUAUGGACGCAGCGUUUGUGAACAAAGCUGGUACUGCUAGCACUAUCAAGAAUGCCAUCUGUAUCCACGAAGAAGAUGCAGGCAUUCUCUUCAAACACACCGACUUCCGCGACGAAUCCGUCAUAGUGACGCGUGCCCGCAAGCUAGUUCUUUCUCACAUCUUUACAGCCGCAAAUUACGAGUACUGCGUGUACUGGAUCCUACAUCAAGACGGUACCAUUCAGCUGGAAAUCAAACUCACUGGCAUUUUGAACACAUUCCCCUGUAACGAAGACGAAGAUCUCCAUGGCUGGGGCACACAAGUCUAUCCAGGCGUUAACGCGCACAACCAUCAGCAUCUCUUUUGUAUGCGUAUCGACCCUAAUAUUGAUGGCCCUAACAACACUGUCUACAUGGUCGACGCUGCGCGUGGCUCUGGCGAAGUUGGCUCUCAAGAAAACAAGUACGGCAAUGCUUUCUACGCGCUUAAGACGAAGCUAGCAACGCCUGAGCAGGCCGCCACUGACUACAAUGGCGCUACAAGUCGCACAUGGGAGAUGUGCAAUGAGAGCAAGAUCAAUCCCUAUUCUAAGAAGCCCGUUUCCUAUAAGCUUGUUAGCCGCGAAGUCCCCGAGCUGCUUCCGAAGCCAGGCGGUCUCGUCUGGAAGCGUGCCGGCUUCGCACGACACGCCGUGCACGUCACCAAAUACGAUGAUGGACAGCUGCAUCCGGCAGGACGCCAUGUUCCACAAACCUCCGGCGAAGUCUCUCAGGGAAUUCCACAGUGGAUCGCGGCCAAUCCUACCGUCGAUAUCACCAACACUGAUGUCGUGUUGUGGCAUACCUUUGGUAUCACGCAUUUCCCUUCGCCUGAGGACUUUCCUGUGAUGCCUGCAGAGCCAAUGACGUUGUUGCUGCGGCCGAGGAAUUUUUUCACAAGAAAUCCGUGUCUCGAUGUGCCGCCGAGUUACUGCAGUGUACCAAGUGGCGUGAAGCAGGGAGGUGCGCUGGUGGACAAGUUGAGCAAAAUGGCGUUUGGCGGAGAUCAGAGUGGGACAAAAGGGUGCUGUCAGAAGUAG